AUGUCAUCCAAUGCCAUCAUUAGUACUAUUAAGGCAUACAUCGACCAAUCAAUGGCAGCACAAAUGGAUUUGAUAAACAAGAUGAACGAACGACUAGACCUCUUCAACCAACAGCAAAACUCAGACCUCCAAAGCAACCCAACACAGCAGGGCAGCGGCCCAAGUCACAAUCAUGACUUUGAUCUGACCUCGCUUCAACAAGCAGACAAUCAGAAUAAAGACAUAUCAACACAGCAAUGUAAUUGCCCACUAACCCCCCUAUUAAAUAACUUGUUGAUAAAUUUCGGAACCACCAGCCCACAAAAUAUAACAGGCAGUGACGAAAUAGAACUUAAACUGCAGGACGAUAAAAUGAUAACAAAAGAAAUAAGUCAACAACCACUGCAACAAUAA